AUAAUUAAAUUUAGUGGUGGCUGUCUUAAAUCUCGUGAGUGUGACAUCCGGGCAUUCGAUGCGUGAAUUUGUUGCGCACAAAAUCUACGAUUCUGUCGUCGUUAUAAUACUUCAGAAAAUUUCUGAAUUACGUGAGAUUCAAAGUUGAAGAGGAAAAAUAAUCAUGUCAGGAAAUGAUGAACAGAUUGAGUGUCCACUAUGUAUGGAACCAUUAGAAAUUGAUGAUAUUAAUUUCUUCCCUUGCACAUGUGGAUAUCAGAUAUGUAGAUUCUGUUGGCAUAGGAUAAGAACUGAUGAAAAUGGUCUUUGUCCAGCUUGCAGAAAGGCAUAUCCAGAAGAUCCUGCUAAAUUUAACCCUCUCACAGAAGAUGAAUUACAGAGGAUAAAGAAAGAAAGACGUCAGAAAGAUCUGCAAAGAAAACAGAAAGCUGCAGAAAACAGAAAGCAUCUCGCCAAUGUCAGGGUAGUCCAAAGAAAUUUAGUGUUUGUUGUUGGUCUUUCUACAAGAUUGGCCGAUCCAGAAGUGCUUAAAAAACAUGAAUAUUUUGGGAAAUUUGGAAAAAUUCAUAAAGUUGUGAUAAACCAGAGUACAUCAUAUGCAGGUGCACAGGGUCCCAGCGCUAGUGCUUAUGUAACAUAUAACAAAACUGAAGAUGCUCUGAAAGCCAUUAUAGCUGUGAAUAAUGUACAUAUAGAUGGUCGAACCCUUAAAGCCUCGCUUGGAACAACUAAAUACUGUAGUCAUUUUUUAAGAGGCACGCAGUGUCCAAAAACAGACUGCAUGUAUUUACAUGAACUAGGGGAAGAAGCGGCUAGUUUCACAAAAGAAGAAAUGCAAGUGGGUAAACAUCAAGAAUAUGAACAAAAGCUUUUAGAACAGUAUAUGAACAGCCAAAAUACAGCACAGAAUAAUGCCAGUAACAAAACUGCAUCAACUUCUAGAAAAAAGGCAAGUUCUCCCACACAAGUGAUACAGCCGUCACAGAGUCCCCCACACAGCAUGCAGCACAGCCCACCUGCACAGACUACACAACCACGCCAAAAUAUACACAACCAUACCACACAACAGAUUCCCCCACACACAGCCAACAAUGAGGCGUGGCCGUCGUUACAACAAAGUGGGGGUAACACAAACAAAACACAGCUUCCUAAUACAGAUACCAGUCCAGAGAAAACAAAACCAGAACAUAACAAAGCUCCGGGUAAACAUAGAUCUACAGAAAACACAGAUACACAACAACAACAACAAAAUAGGCCACAAAAUAUUUACACACCAACAGAGGUAACAGUGCCUCCAGUAAGCACAACUUCUCCACGACAACAGCCUCCUACUUCUCAUAGUAUUAUCAACAGAAAAACACUAGGUCUAGAUAAUACGGACAAUCUGUCGUUAUUUAGCAGUAUAAAUGGAUUUCACGGGGCAAGAAAUCCUAAACCCCCGGUCCAACCAGAAGCACCAGAGAUACAAACAACAGAAAUUCCUGACACAAUACCAGUAAACACAACAACAGAUUGGCAAGCUGCAUUUGGUUUUGGUCACACAACAAACACAAACAAAAGUAAAGAUUGGCAAGAUGAUGAUUUAGGUUUCGAUCCACUUGAAGAAUCCUCUAGAGGUUUAGCAGAUCUUAUAGAAAAAGAAAAUGGACAAAAACAACAGCUACAUCAACAUAAUAUGUUAGGUUUUUCGUCACAUAGUUCUUUCCAGCCACAUUCUAGACAAAUGCAGAACAACAUAGGACAAAAUCUCCCCCCAGGGUUUUCACUUAGUCAUAUAGCACCGCAGUCCCAAUUAGGUGGUUCACAGAUCCCUCAGUCUCGUACAAAUCACACGUCGGUCGCAAACAAAGAUAUGUUGACAAGUCGUAUGAUGGGUUUAAUGAAUCAACCUUUACAAAAUUCUACGUAUCCAGAUAUGUUUCCUGAUUUUUCAAUGCUUGGUGGCCCUAACAAAGAUAUUCAUCAACAACCACAGUCGUCUCGUUCACAGAACGAUUGUUUCAAUGUUAAAGACUGGCAAGACGGUUUACGUGCAUUGUUACCAAAUAUAAACAUCAGUUUUGGUGCUCCACAAAAUGAUGCACGGACAAAUACACAACUAAAUUCUUCGCAGAAAAAUACAAACUGGUCAGAAACAACAGAAAGCACAGAACCAUCCUCUUGGAUGUCAUACGACCCUGCUAUUCUCACUUCAAGCAAUCUCUCAGAUGAUAAUGGUUUACAAGAUCCUCAUUGGCUCAAAUCUAUAAAUCAACUAACAGACCUGGAAACAGCCAACCACAGAUUGCCAUUUGUACACCAGUUUCCAGUCAGAAAUACAGUAUGGCCUCCACAGACACACAAUCCCCCUCCUGGCUUUCAGACACACAUCAGACCUCCCCUACAGACCGCAGAUCCUCACAAACUUGCUGAAGGUCUCCAGUGAAUAUUGCAGGCAUUACUAUGAAGCAUUGGCUCCCCAGUCACAUCCUGCUGUCCUCAUCGUAAGCUGUAUCAUGCUAAAUUUGACAUGCUUUCUCUACAUACGUAAACUGUCCACUCUUCGUACGUAAUCCAUGAACUUUUUCAUCAACUUUUUGCGCUUUUUUUCUCUACGGACUUCUACAUCAAAAGAAAUUUUUUCAAGACAAUGGAAUCGAUCAACAGUGUUAAAUGUUUAACUUCAUUUUGUAAAUAAAAUUUAAAAAAAAGAUUGGAGUUUGUAACAGAUUACAAUCAACUGUAUCUAUGAGUGUAUAAUGUUUUUACAUCUUUGUGAACUCUAGUGAACUCCACUACUAUAUGACAUUUAAUGACAAAUUUGAAUAACAAGAAACCUUACAGGGCUUUGAAUUGUGUUGGUUUUUUAGCUCGACUAUUCGAAGAAUAUGAGAGCUAUUGUAGUCGCCCCGGCGUCGGCGUCGGCGUCCGCGUCGGCGUCUGCGUUGGUUAAAGUUUUUUGUAAAGUCAAAUAUCUCAAUUAUUACUUGAGAUAUUCAAUUGAAACUUACAAUACUUAUUUAUAGUAACAAGGUACAUCAGAUUGACAAGUUUGAUAACUCUGCCUACAAUAUUGACAGAAUUAUGCCCCUUUUUAACUUAGAAAUUUUGGUUAAAGUUUUUUGUAAAGUCAAAUAUCUCAAUUAUUGCUUGAGAUAUUCAAUUGAAACUUACAAUACUUAUUUAUAGUAACAAGGUACAUCAGAUAGACAAGUUGGAUAACUCUGCCUACAAUAUUGACAGAAUUAUGCCCCUUUUUAACUUAGAAAUUUUGGUUAAAGUUUUUUGUAAAGUCAAAUAUCUCAAUUAUUGCUUGAGAUAUUCAAUUUAAACUUACAAUACUUAUUUAUAGUAACAAGGUACAUCAGAUUGACAAGUGGGAUAACUCUGCCUACAAUAUUGACAGAAUUAUGCCCCUUUUUAACUUAGAAAUUUUGGUCAAAGUUUUUUGUAAAGUCAAAUAUCUCAAUUAUUGCUUGAGAUAUUCAAUUUAAACUUACAAUACUUAUUUAUAGUAACAAGGUACAUCAGAUUGAC